ACACAAUCGUAGCCUAUAGCGUUGUGUUUAUCAAUUUGCUACUGCAGUCUGCUACAACAGUGUCUGUCGCAAGUCGCAACGCUCUUGUCGCGAUAUUUAUUUAUCCGGCAAUGCGCUCGCUAAUGUUUAUUCAUCCACCUCUUUCGUGAUUACCAAACAAUUCAAAAAUUUUCGUGCGUUCGUUUUUGCCGCGCUAAAACAAUCAAAUAUCGGCGCGUUUUCUACGCAUAACAAACAGACUAAAAAUGCAAAUCUUGCAGCAAAAGCUUGCUUAUAUACCCAAAUCGUGUUAGUUGAUCGAUGAAUUAUUGAAUUUUUUUUUCUUGUCUUAUCAACUUCCAUUCCAGUAAUCAUGUGGUCGGAAGGUAUAUAUGGCUGUCUUCUACCGACCGUGUCGACAAUGAUAAUAUUUGUCGUCACUGUGAAUGUUGUUAAAUUUCUAAUUGGGGAAUACAAUGUGCACAUAAGAGAUAGAAAAAAGCACAAUUGGCAACUCAUUAAGAGGACUUCUAGGGCAUAUUUUUGUAGCGUUUGUGAAUCUUUGCUACUUGUAGUAAAUGGAUUUUAUUGUGAUUCAUGUGGUGUAUGCGCCGAUCAUGAAUGUAUUAAAAAAGCAGAUAAAGACUUUAAAUGUAAAGAAAUUUCAAUAAAUUCGCCAAACGAAUCCAUGAAACAUCAUUGGGUCAGAGGAAAUUUGCCUUUAGUCGCAAUGUGUGAUGUUUGUGAUGAAGAGUGUAGUGUAGAGGCAGGACUUUUAGAUUGGUGGUGCUGUUGGUGCCAAAAAUGUGCUCAUGAGACAUGUAAACCUUUGAUUAAAAAAGAAUGUGAUUUUGGUGAUUUUAAGAAUGUAGUGAUACCUCCUACCAGUAUAAUAUUAACCAAUAGACGAAAUAGUGUUCGUAAACGUUUACAAAUUCAAUCGAUAAAAUCACCAAAUUGGACUCUUUGGAAUCCAAUAAUUGUAGUUGCCAAUCAAAAAUCAGGGAACAAUGAAGGCACUGAAAUUUUAUCGUCCUUCAGAAGAAUUCUGAAUCCUGCCCAAGUUAUUGAUUUAUCUGAAUAUGAUCCCAUUGUUGCUCUUGAAUGGUGCCGCCUAUUGAGUGGAGUUCAAUGUAAAAUUUUAGUGGCUGGGGGAGAUGGUACGAUUGCUUGGAUCUUAAAUGCCAUUGACAAAUUAAAAUUAAAGCCAAUUCCAUCAGUAGCUAUUUUACCUCUUGGAACUGGAAAUGACUUAUCACGAGUGAUGGGGUGGGGUAAAGAAUAUGAUGUGAAUAGAGAUGUUAGUUCAACUUUAAGAAUGAUACAACUUGCAGAAGAAGUUUAUCUUGACAGGUGGUCUGUAGUCAUAAAUGCCAAAAAAGCCUUUCGUGCUCAACAAAAAUCAAUGUUUAUGUAUAAUUAUUUGAGUGUAGGGGUGGAUGCACAAGUGACACUAAAUUUUCAUCUUGCCAGACAGAGUAGAUUUUAUUUAUUCAGUCAUAGAAUAAUAAAUAAGCUUCUUUAUUUAUGUUUUGGAACUCAUCAAGUUGUUGAAAGAGAUUGCAAAGAUUUGGAUCAAAAUAUUGAAGUGUAUUUGGAUGAGAAAAAAAUAGAUCUACCAAGCAUUGAGAGUAUUGUUGUUUUGAAUAUUCCAUCAUGGGGUGCUGGAGUUGACUUAUGGAAUAUCAAUUCAGAAGAUGUCCAAAUAGAACACCAAAGUAUUAAUGAUAAAAAACUAGAAGUUUGUGCUUUGUAUUCUUCUUUACAUUGUGCUCAAUUGCAAGUAGGUCUUUCACAGCCAAUACGCCUAGGUCAAGCAAAUCGAGUAAAGAUCAUACUUAAAAAACCAUGUGCCAUGCAAGUAGAUGGAGAACCAUGGAGUCAGUCACCAGGGACAUUUAACAUUGAACAUGUAAAUCAGGCUUUAAUGCUAAAAAAUAGAAACUAUGAGGAUUAAAUUAUUAAUUAUUUAAUUCGUAAUCUUAAGUAGUAACAAAGAAAUUACUACUCUUGUAACUAAACAAUUAUAGAGCAUAAAAUUUUCAAUUUGAUAAGAAGUGAUAUUUUUAAGCGUGAAACAGUACUUAUAUAUUGCAUAAUAUAAGCUUAACACACAAAUUAACUCCAUAAUUUUAUGGAAAAAUAAAAUAAAUCUGAUUUAUUUAAUGCACAGCUGGCUAUGUGCAUGCAUUUUUCAUGGAAUUUGAGGAGAAAAGUCAUUUUUAAUUAUAAUUUGAUUAUUAGCAUUUAGAUAGCUAGAAAAAGUACAAAUUGUCAUAGAAUUAUAUUUUCUGUUGUGAAUAUUUAAGUUCCUUUAGUUGUUUAAAACCAAUGUAUACAAUAGAAAUUUGUUAUUGUUAUUUUUUUUCUUUAUUUUUCACUCUCUUGUCAAAGAAUAUUAUCUUAAUGUAGCUCUUAUAUCAUAACUUUGAUGUCUAGUAAUUGUUUUAUAAACUGAAUAAAAUAUUCAUGGUAGGUGUGAAAUAUCCGUAUUUUUAUCAUAUUUUUUACUCCAUUUAUUAUUUUAAUUUCUCAAAUUUUAAAUUAGAAAGAAUAUACGAUUUCUGCGAUAUUUCUCAGAGUGGUAUUCAAAACCAUCUCAAGAACUAUAUAAAUCGGCAUUUGUUUACUUUUACUUAUCAGCGCUAGAUGGCGAAAUUUUACGGUAUUUGAAAACAAUUUGAAAUCGUAGUUCUAUUUUAUCUAAACAAGCGAGUGACGAUACAAAGUCACCCCGUUUAUUUACUUGUUGGGUCUUUGUAAGUACUCUAUAUGAUACAGCAUAGCUGUAAGCAUUCAUUGUGCUUUUCAUUUUCAAGUUAUUUGCAAUAUUCAGGAUUAGUCAGAAAAAG